AAACCAUAAUACUUUCUGCAAAUUGUAUUACUGAACUGAAGUUAAUCUUCUUUGCUCUUUCUGUGAGGAUGCAGGCAAGUGACAGGUUCAACAUCAACUCGCAGCUUGAGCAUUUACAAGCUAAAUAUGUCGGUACAGGCCACGCCGAUUUGAAUCGAUUUGAAUGGGCGGUGAAUAUUCAACGCGAUAGUUACGCUUCGUAUAUUGGGCAUUAUCCGAUGUUAGCAUACUUUGCUGUAGCAGAAAAUGAAUCAAUUGGGAGGGAACGCUACAAUUUCAUGCAGAUUUACUUAGUGCCCAUGUUUCGACCAAAUAACAUUAUUGGAUUCAGUGGUUUCCUUUCAGCUUCUUCAAAUGCUAUAAUGCAAUUGUGUGGUGCAAUUUUAUAA